UAGAGGGUCCCUGGGUUAGGACCCAGAGUAGUGGGCAGGCCAGGGUCCUCCCCCUUUCUUUACACCUGGCCGACAGGAGUGGCUGUCUGGGGCAGCACCAAUCCCCUGCCAAGAGGGGUGUGACUUUGGGGGUGCAGUUGCCCACAUUGGCCGGGGCACAGAGAGACAGCUGAUUUGUCCCCCUCCCCCAGAAGGGGACGAGGAUGGACUAAGGGGCACUGCGGGAGGGCAGUGGCUCGAAGAGGACGCUGCAAGUUGGGAGCAACACAGGUCCACACGCCAACUGAGGGCGAGACAACGGAUGGGACACCACUGGGAGAGGGCGCUCCACUGGACUGAGCUAAUUCCCGGAGCCAACCAGCAGGAGGCGCUGCGGCGGUACCACUUUGGUUUGCCGAAAUUAUUCAGCGCAAGGUCAAAGGACAACUGCUUUACAGAGAAGACGCCUUUGCUGAAGGUUUCCUCUGAGGACAAUGGGUUACGAUGUAUGGCUCUUCAUAAUCCAGAUUUUACCACAGAUGAUGAUUCAUGGGAUAACAGCUCUGCAGAAUUUGAGCAAAGGUCUCACCUGGGAAGUGAAAUGGCCAGCUUGUCUAGAUCUGCUUCCUCUGAGAAAUAUGAACUCUUGGACAACCUUCAUGUCAAGUUCAAUUUAUCAAAGAUGAGAUGCUGUUUAAGAUUCCUAAAAGUUUCAACCCUUUUUAUCUUUGUAGUGGUGUGCUCUAUUUUAUUUAGCACUUAUCCAGAUCAAGGAGCACCCUGGCAGAUGUUGGCUGUGUCACCAUUGGAAAGCUACUCUAUGAAUAUUACAGAUUUUCGUGAAUCCGCUCUGCUGAAGUUAGAGCUAGGAGGACCUUUUGCAGCAGAUGUGGUUGAUCGGCGGGCAGAGGAAUACAUUGUAGUGCAAAUUGGGCAGAUAGAAGACCCUGGAUCUAGAAGGAGACGUCAGCCCCAGGUCUUAUACAACUGGACUCUACCUUUAAACUCAAGACGAAAUGAGCAAGUUAUCACAACUAGAAUCUUUGAGAUACUUAACAGUAAUGCAAUCUCCAUAAACAUUCAAGCUUUCCUACAGGAGUCUGCAAUUGUUCCUCUCUCCAUGAAGCAUCAGUACCUUCAUGCAAAUAUAGAGACACAAGUAACAAUUGCAUCAGUCAUCUUAGCAGGCGUUUAUGUGCUUAUCAUAUUGGAGAUUGUUCACAGAACCCUAGCAGCAAUGUUGGGCUCCUUGGCAGCUUUAGCUGCAUUAGCUGUGGUUGGUGAGAGACCAAGCAUGGUCAAAGUGGUGGAGUGGAUUGAUUAUGAAACCCUGGCGCUGUUGUUUGGAAUGAUGCUUUUAGUGGCCAUAUUUUCAGAAACUGGAUUUUUUGAUUACUGUGCAGUAAAGGCUUACCAACUGUCUAGAGGCAGAGUGUGGGCCAUGAUUAUCAUUCUGUGUCUUAUUGCUGCAAUUCUUUCUGCAUUUUUGGACAACGUUACCACAAUGCUUCUCUUUACUCCAGUAACCAUAAGGUUAUGUGAGGUACUUAAUCUUGAUCCUAGACAUGUGCUGAUUGCAGAAGUUAUCUUCACAAACAUUGGAGGGGCUGCCACAGCUGUCGGGGAUCCACCAAAUGUGAUUAUUGUUUCAAAACAGGAAGUGAGGAAGGCGGGUUUGGAUUUUGCAGCAUUUACAGGACAUAUGUUUGUUGGAAUUUGUCUUGUUCUUCUGGUCUCCUUUCCUUUCCUCAGACUCCUUUACUGGAACAAAAAGCUUUACAACAAGGAGCCAAGUGAGAUUGUUGAACUGAAACACGAGAUCCAUGUUUGGAGACUGACAGCACAACGCAUCAACCCUGCCAGCAGAGAAGAAACUGCUGUGAAAUGCCUCUUAAUGCAGAAAGUUCUGACUCUGGAGAUCUUGCUGAGGAAAAAACUCAAAACGUUCCAUAGACAAAUUUCACAAGAAGAUAAAAACUGGGAAACAAAUAUUCAGGAGCUCCAAAAAAAGCACAGAAUAACAGACAAAAUACUUCUCAUCAAAUGCCUGACUGUGUUGGGAUUUGUUAUCCUGAUGUUCUUUCUCAAUUCAUUUGUUCCAGGCAUUCAUCUAGAUCUUGGGUGGAUUGCAAUGUUGGGAGCUAUUUGGCUACUAGUGUUAGCUGACAUCCAUGAUUUUGAGAUGAUACUAAACAGAGUGGAAUGGGCAACACUUCUUUUCUUUGCCGCACUGUUUGUUCUAAUGGAGGCUUUGGCUCAUCUUCAUUUAAUAGAUUAUAUAGGAGAACAGACAGCUUUGUUAAUAAAGGUGGUUCCCGAGGAUCAACGCCUAGCAGUUGCUAUCAUUUUAGUACUCUGGGUCUCUGCUCUGGCAUCCUCCCUAAUUGACAACAUUCCAUUCACAGCUACAAUGAUUCCUGUGCUUCUCAACCUGAGUCAAGAUCCUGAUGUUAACCUGCCUGUGAAACCACUAAUCUUUUCAUUGGCCAUGGGUGCGUGUCUUGGAGGUAAUGGGACAUUGAUCGGAGCAUCUGCAAAUGUGGUUUGUGCAGGAAUUGCAGAACAGCAUGGCUAUGGCUUCUCUUUCAUGGAGUUUUUCAGGUUGGGUUUCCCCAUGAUGAUUGUGUCCUGUACUAUUGGGAUGUGUUAUCUCCUUGUUGCUCAUGUCGUACUGGGUUGGAACUCUUAGUAAUUUAUACUUUCAAGACCAAAAGAAGCUUUCUGUCUUGUUCAAUCUAUACAUCAGAGCACUAAGAAGACACCAUUGAAAAGAAGAAGAAAAAACCCCACUUUAAAAAGCGACAUAUUGAUUAAAAUGAUUGGCAGUCUUAGUUUUUGUCAUUCAUAACCUUAUGCUCUGUGAACAAUUUGCAGAGCUGAGUACUGAAGUUUAAAGGAUUCAAAUUUUUUGUCAUGGUCAAUAUUAAUAAGCACAUAAAGAGAUACCAUCACAAGGGAAUAUCUUGUGUCCUGAAACUUUGUCUUGUCACAAUCUGAGUACAGUCACAGAUGGAAAAACUUCAUUCACAAUGGAAGAUGUUCAGCAGUUUCUUCCUAGGGGUUCAUUUGUCUUUGUCAAUAUAUUUAGCUAUUUGUAUUAAAGUAACUAACAUUCAGUCUGUACAAGCUGUAACAAUAGACAUAUAAGCAGACAAUCUGUACACUAUAAGGGAUGUACUGUUGUCUGUGUUCAAAAAUAAAAACAUCCCAAUAAUUUGAUAUGUAAGAAAUUAUUCUUUUGAAAUUGACUAAUAAGUCAUACGCCAUAAUGUUUUUUCAUUUUAAAAUUUCUUGUUCUUUCUAAUCUUGUUGGCCAUAGAAUGUGGCAGAGCAAUGAACAUUUUUCUUUCAAUUAUUAAUUCAGUACAUUAGUGGAUUACCCUAAAUCUUUUAAUAGGUUCAGAAUCUACUUGUAAAAUGAAAUCAUACUUUGUCUGUGCUUUUGUUUUCUUUGAUAAUACUGUGUUAAAUCAUAUAUAUUGAUUCUUCUAUUUGGCUAUUGGACCAGGUCACAUUAUUUAUUGUGAAAGCGAUUUCAAUCCUCAUUUUCUAAGCCUUUCCUGGGAUUGGCCAAAAUUACCCAAAGGUCUGUCUCAUCCUGUGUAAUGCUAGAACUGACAUGCUGAAGAGUGAAACUCAUGUGAAUAGGAAUGAAUUUCAGUGAACGAAUGCAGAAGAACAAAUGCUGUCACUUGCCCCUGUUUCUAGAAAAGUGAUCUGGUAAGUGAGAAAGGAAACCGGUAAUAGUAUCUUUCCCUUGGAGGAUUUAAUAUUAAUAAUAAAUCAUAUAGCUUGACCCACCUAAGUAGCUGGAGUAGCUGAUCAUUUGCAGGUUGUAUUCCUUGACUAAAUGCCUUUGAAUUCAAAAUAUAAUUUAAUAAGCAUAAUUCAAAUUAGCUACAAUGUUCCUUCAAAGAAUGAUUAUCCCUCCUCCAUGUUGCUUCAUCCCAAUAAUGAGCGCAAACCCCAGACCCCCUUUUCAAUAUGUUGCUGUAUAAACAAACAGAACAAAUAAACCCAGCCUGAAACACAUACUUAUGGGACUGAGCUGGGCCUAAGUCCCAUUCAAAUCCAUAGGAAAACUGCAAAGUUUUUCUUUAGAGGAGUGCUUUACUCCGUAAUGAAUGAAAUUCUGUUACCAUUCAAGAAACGUGUGUGCUAAUUUGAGUUGAUCCAUAGUUUUAAAAAAUCAUGGUAAUUUCAAUUGCCCUCCACAUUUCUCAUGUCAUGCUUAUGAUAGCGAGGUCAAGGGGUUGUCCUGUACAUGCUGAAUAAAACAAGUGAGAAAGCUGAUUCAAACCCCCAUAAAUGCCUUUGUUCUUACAUAUUGCCUUUUACUCACCAAUGUAUAUAAUGUUUCUUUUUCUUAUCUAUAAGAAUCAAUCUUACCUUUUGAGGGCCAAGCCUUCUAUAUAACUUUAAAAAACAACAACAAAAUUGUAAGAAAAAUAAACCCUUGUCUGAGUUCCUGCAACACCGAAAGUAGUCAAGCCAAUAAUGUGGUUGCACUACCACACAUGAAAAUACAUGGCCCCAUUUGCAACUUCCUGGAAAGGGAUGGGGCUGAGGGGGGGCAUUGGGUCACAUUACCACCUACCCAUCACAUCGACUCAUCCAAAGUACUGGUGUGGGUCUCUUUGGUUUCUAUUUAGGAAGCUCUGCCAGCAGGACUGUUUUGAGAUUUUCUUUGUCCUAAACUACUCGAUCUGCCAGUGGUGGGUGUAUAGUACAUAGGGAAUAAAAUAUUAUGUUUAAACAGUUAUCCCAUAUUCUGAGGCAACCAAAAGUUUUGGAAUAAAUUCAGUCUAUUUCUAGAAGAAGUUUGCUAUGCUGUAAUAUUUUUCUGAUAAUUUCCUUGAAAUAAAACUGAUUUAUUUCCUGGAGUAUCCUUGCUGCUUCAUUUGUAUUGUGAGACCAGGCUUACUGAGAGCGCAGAGGACAAAACAAAUGAGGAACAUAAAAUAAUGUUGUUUGUUUGCACAGGGUUUUAUGUGAUUGUAAUCGAGUGCUCAGCAACCAAAGGAAGAAUGGUGAUACAUCAAUAUGUUUUUAUGCCGUAUUACUCUUGUUUUUCACUUCAGCAGACAAUGUGCUUAAAUGAGAAUUGCACACGUACUUCAGAGCAUUUCAAGAUAAUGCAGGAAUUUUAAUUGACUUCCUUCAUGAUUAUCAGAGUAAUCUGCACAGCAGAAUGGCUACAUGCUCAACAUGACUAGUGCACAGGAUUGGUUGGUUUACAAUGAAAACGAAUUUAAAAGUUUGAAAAACAGAAGUUUAGUAAUACAUUAUAUAAUUAGAUCAUCUAUUGUAUGCUUAGGGCUGGUAUCUGUGAGCCUGAUUAUCAUUUUCACAAAGGCCCCUUUACAUCACUCUGGCAAGGAAAUGGGUUUUAGAGUGAAUGUAAAUUUAUGCCUAGUUUGAGGACCUUUUAUCAGAAUGGUGUAAUGUAAAAAACAGGCCUUGUAUGUACAAUUUCCACCCCUUUGGUCUGACAGGAAGUAUGUUCUAGCCUAAUAUUUAAGAGACAUGGAUUAAAUUCCUGGCUUUGGGGAAGUCACUUAGCCUCUCUGUGUCUCAGUUCCCCAUCUGUAAAAUGGAGAUGAUAUCACUUGCCUACGUCACAGAUUGUGAGCGGCUCAGAUAGCAAUGAGGAUUAUAUUAGUACCAUAGAUCAAGUCACUGCUACAUUACUCUAUUGAAAUCAAUGUGGAACACAGAAAACUUUUAGAUCCUACAUUGCAAGAGAAUUCAGCAAUAACUAGCCCCAAAAGAAAAGAUAUCUUAUUGUUAGUCCAGAAGACCUGCCUACUGAUCUGAUUCAUUAUUAUUAAUCAAAUAAUAUUUUAAUACAUUGAUCACCAUGGUAACCAAGUGUCUCUGAAUGCAUCACUUCAAUUCAACCAAAAUAAUGUUUAAAAUCUAUCAUAGUUGUUUCAGAGAAGAUUCCAAUGUUCUUCCUGUAAGGACAAGUACUGUAUAAUUUACUUUGACUUUUUAUGCCAGACAGAAAAUAUUAAAGCAUGGGAGGCUUCAACAGAAAUAUCACUUCUCUUGACCUGUAAAUUCCUCUAGAAUUGUAAACAUCAAG